GUUGGUAUCCACUUUUAUUUCACUUGCACAUGCGGUGGCUACACCUGAUUGGUUUGAAAUUGAUAACCGUGUUCAGGGUGACUGGUCAGCUUGCUAAGAUGUUUCAGUAAAUAUUUAAAUUUAUUAUAAAAUAAUUUCCAAUCUUCUGCUAAUACUCAGGCUAUGAAAAUAAACGUAUCAACGUAAUAAUUACUUCUGAUUUCAAAGCAAUUGUCUAGAAUGCAAUUCAUACCGUUCACUAUAAGUAUCUUAUUGUUAUUAAGUGUAAAAGAACACGUGGAAGGAAAAUCUAAAAAAUCUAAAUCUGUAACAACUCUUCUUGAAGCUAAAUGGCAAUCAACGCCCCUCGUUCUAGAAACUGCAGAGUAUUUAGCAGACGAGAAUAUCGACUUCUUCUGGGGCUUUGUGGAUUCAAUAAGUUCAUUAAAUCCGCCACUAAUAUCUUCGAAAAAUGAGUAUGAACAGUACCAAAUUAUAAUUAAACAUGCUUCGAAAUUUUUAACAGACUCGCAAAUGUCAGUAUUAAAGCUAGGAUUAUCUUUACAUAUUUACUCACCAAAAGUACAAAUGUUUAGUCAAAUAGCCCAAGAAUUGCAUUUGCCGGAUUGUCCAACAGUUGCUGACAUUGGAGGGACAGUAGUUUGUGAUAUAGAAAAAGUCAAAUCUCUAAUAAAUGGACCAACUAAAAAUCACAGAAAAAUUGAUGUGUACAGAAUAGAUAAUCACUUCCCAGGCUCUGCAAAUCGAUCUUUAGUAGCGGUACUUUAUGGGCAAAUUGGUAGUGAAUCAUUUGGAAAAUUUCAUGAAGUCUUGAAAAAUGCAACUGUUGAUGGUAAAAUUGAUUAUAUUAUCCGUCACUAUAUCAAGAAAAAUGAUUCAAGAAAACUGAGAUUAUCUGGCUAUGGGGUAGAAUUACAAAUGAAAUCAACUGAAUAUAAAGCUCAAGAUGACACUGAGUUACAUGAAGAUCAGAAUUCUGCAGAAACUUCCCAACAAGAUGAAGACACUGAAUUGGAAGGUUUUGAUUUUAAAAAAUUGAGAGAAAUUUUCCCCCAUCUCCAUAGUCAGUUAGAAAAAUUUAAAACACAUUUAGAAGAUACUUCUAGUGAAUUGGCACCACUUAAAGUUUGGCAGUUCCAAGAAUUAAGUUUACAAGCAGCUGAGAGGAUUAUGAAUGCUCCUAAGGAAGAAGCUUUGAAAAUACUAACUAAUACAGCCCAAAACUUUCCUAUGCAGGCUAAAGGAUUAGCAAAAACAGUAGUUAACCCAAAUUUGAAGGCAGAAAUGAAGAAAAACAGUGAACUAUUUGGCUCCCAUCUAAAUCUACAACCUUCUGAUACUGCCCUUUUUAUAAACGGCAUGUUUUAUGAUAUUGAUUUAGUUGAUGUUUAUGGUAUUUUGGAAGUGUUACGUCAAGAACUUAGAACUAUGGAAGGAUUACAUGCACUAGGUGUAGGAAAUAAACGAAUGUCCUCUUUAAUGGGACUAGACUUUGAAGAAGAUAGUAGUGGUCAAGAUUUUGCUAUUGACAUUAGAGAUUCUGCUAUCAACUGGAUCAAUGACAUUGAACAAAAUCCAAAGUAUGCUAUGUGGUCGAAAUCACUAAUGGAAUUGUUGAGACCGACAUUUCCUGGUAUGUUGCGGCAAAUAAGAAGAAAUUUAUACAAUCUUGUACUCAUUAUUGAUCCAAAAGAAAAAUCAUCUUCUGGUUUGCUAAAAUUAGUAGAGUCUUUUGUUAUUCACCUUGCACCUAUAAGAGUAGGAUUAGUUUUCAAUGUGACAGCUAAUUCUGAAGUGACGGGCUUAGAAGAUGUUGGUGUAGCAAUGCAAUGUGCUCUUAACUAUGUUACACAAACUAAAGAUGCUCCUACGGCACUAACUUUUGUUAGAACUUUAUUGCAAUCGUCUCAAGACAAGCUGACCAUUGACGACGUUAAAAAACAACUUAGAAAAGAUUAUGAUGAAGAUCCCGUCGAUAUUUUAGGUGAAGAUUCUGUUUACGAUUUUGGAAGACAAUUAUCAGCCGACUUUAUUGAACGAACAGGCCUCAAAUCGUUUCCUCAAGCUCUGUUGAAUGGAAUACCUCUUCCUCAGAGUCAGAUCAACGUAGAUGAUUUUGAGGAAACCAUUCUUCAAGAAGUUAUGACCCAAACCCCUAAUUUUCAAAAGAGUGUUUAUAGAGGCAAAUUGUUAGAUUCUGAUGAUGUAUUAGACUAUAUUAUGAAUCAGCCAAAAGUAAUGCCUAGGUUAAAUUAUAGAAUAUUGAAUAAAGAAAAAUCGCCACAUCUUGAUAUGACAGGCACUCCGAGUAGUACUAAUAAUUUGGAUAUGUUGUUGAAACUUAGUGCAAGAGAUAUGACCGCCACUGCUAUAGAAAACUUGAGGUAUUUUGCAGUACCUAAAAAGGGAAGCAAAUAUCAUUCUAUGACAUAUUGGGUUAUUGGUGAUUUAAGCUGUAAAAAGUCGAGAAGAUUAUUGAAAGAUGCCUUGGAACAUUUGAAAUCGGAAAGUCACGUGAGAGUGAGUUUUUUGCCCAACGUUAAUGGUGAAAAAGAUAAUACGCUAAACAAAAUCGUGUUAGCAGCACUACAAGAAUUGCCUCCUGAAAAAGCACUGAGCUUUGUAGUAUCACUUUUGAAAGAUGACAAUGUCAUGGUAAAAUUGGAACUCGGCGAAAAAAUAGAUAUACCGAAUGUUGUUCGAUCUAAAAUUGAUUCCCAAGAGUUGAACCUCAAAAUGUUAAGAGUUUAUUGUCAGAGAGUACUACAAUUGAAAGAAAGCCAGAGAGCCGUGAUCGCUAAUGGAAGAGUUCUAGGUCCUUUAGAUGAGAAUGAAGAGUUUAAUUCAGAAGAUUUUAGCCUCUUAGAUAGGUACAGUUCCAACACCUAUUGGGAGAAAAUUAAAAGUGCAUUAGAUAAAGACUCCGAUGAAGAUGAAGAAAUGACCAGUAACUCAUUAAUGAAAAUAAUUUCUCUGCUUAUUGCAAGACCUCAAACUAGAUCUAGAUUUGAAAUAAAAUUUUCUGGAGAUGAACAUUCUGUAAUCAAAAUUCCUCCAUCUCAUCUUGAUAGAGUUGCAUUUGAUAUUACUGCAAUCGUCGAUCCUGUUUCAAGAGGAGCACAAAAGUUGGGUCCUAUCUUACAAGUUAUGCAAGAAGUAUUGAAUUGUAGAAUUAGAGUAUUUCUAAAUAGUGUUGAAAAGAAUAGUGAUAUGCCAGUUAAAAGCUUUUAUCGAUUUGUAUUAGAACCAGAAAUUCAAUUUGGAGAAGAUGGCAAACAACUAUCAGGUCCAAUAGCAAGAUUUAACAAUAUGCCUACAUCACCGCUUUUAACUCAAAAUUAUCAUGUACCUGAAAAUUGGUUAGUUGAAGUAGUACGAUCUGUUUAUGAUUUAGAUAAUAUAAGACUGGAGAAUGUUGAGAGUAAUGUCCACAGUGAAUAUGAACUGGAAUAUCUCCUUCUCGAAGGUCAUUGUUUUGAACAAAACACCGGCAGCCCUCCAAGAGGUUUACAGAUAACUCUGGGUACAGACAGUCAACCUGUUAUUGUGGAUACUAUAGUGAUGGCCAAUUUGGGUUAUUUCCAAUUAAAAGCCAACCCAGGUGCUUGGAUCCUGCGAUUAAGACAGGGCAGAAGCGCUGAUAUUUACAAUAUAGUUAGCCAUGACGGAAGCGACACACCCGACAAUUCAACUGAUAUCAAAGUACUUAUUAGUUCUUUAAGAUCUCAUAUUGUUAAAUUGAGAGUGCAGAAGAAACCAGAUAAAAUGAAUGUGGAUUUGCUGUCAGAUGAGGAUAACGGUAACGGAAUUUGGAGCUCUAUAGCAAGCUCCUUUAAAAGUAGUGAAGAUGAACAAGACGAAAAAUUAAACAUAUUUUCUCUUGCUUCUGGUCACUUAUAUGAAAGAUUCCUACGAAUUAUGAUGCUGUCAGUUUUGAAACAUACCAAAACGCCUGUUAAAUUUUGGUUCCUCAAAAAUUAUCUCUCUCCUCAAAUUAAGGACUUUUUACCAUAUAUGGCGAAAGAAUAUCACUUUGAAUAUGAGUUAGUACAAUAUAAAUGGCCAAGAUGGCUACAUCAACAAACUGAAAAGCAAAGAAUAAUUUGGGGUUACAAAAUCUUAUUCCUGGAUGUGUUAUUUCCUCUAGAUGUUAAGAAAAUUAUAUUCGUAGAUGCUGACCAGGUUGUACGAGCAGAUUUAAAAGAACUUCAACAGCUGGAUUUAGGCGGUGCUCCAUAUGGAUAUACACCAUUCUGUGAAUCCCGUAAAGAAAUGGACGGUUUUCGUUUUUGGAAACACGGUUAUUGGAGAAACCACCUACAAGGCAGAAGGUAUCACAUUUCUGCCUUAUAUGUAGUUGAUCUUAAGAGAUUUCGUAGGAUAGCAGCUGGCGAUAGACUAAGAGGGCAAUACCAGGCUCUUAGCCAAGAUCCUAAUAGUCUUUCAAAUUUAGAUCAGGAUUUACCAAAUAAUAUGAUUCACCAGGUUGCGAUAAAGUCGUUGCCUCAAGAAUGGUUGUGGUGUGAAACUUGGUGUGAUGAUGAAUCCAAGGAGAGAGCAAAGACUAUAGAUUUAUGUAAUAAUCCAAUGACAAAGGAAGCCAAGUUAACAGCAGCUGUUAGAAUCGUACCUGAAUGGAAGUCAUAUGAUGAAGAUAUUAGAAAUUUGCAAAAGAAAAUAGAUUCUGGUUUAUUGGAUGCAGAUCCAGCUGAAAAUAUUGUUAUUGUUAGUGAAAAAGAAAGAACUGAUGAACAUGAAGAAUUAUGAUAGGUAAAUACAAUAUGUACAUAUUUUUUAAAUUGAUUUGUAAGUGAUAUAUACAGGUCGAAGUCAUGUAUGUAUUUUGAUUUAAAUUAAUAAAUAGAUUUAAGUUUA